AUGUGUGUGUCCAGGUGUCUGCACUGUGUCGCCGUCUCUCUGGUUGCCAUGGCGAUCGUCUGCAUGCUGUCCAACAUCCUGCUGCUGCUUCCUGAACUAAAGAUCCACUUCCUGUUGGAGGGUCAUGUGACCCGAGAGGCCACCUGGGCCACGGGCUUGUGGGGAUCCGGCCUCCUGGUUCUGUUUGGAGCUCGAGCGUUUGUGCGGAGCAGCAAAACCAGAGGCUGCUGUGCUUUCAGACGUCGGAUGUUGUGUCAGGUGGUCUACUCCUGUGUGUGUCUGCUGGCUGCUGGGUUUUGCUGUCUGGUCAGUGCCACUGGUCUCUCUCAGGGUCCCCUUUGUCUGUACAACACCACCUCCACUCCGACCUGGGUCCCACUGCAACCACAGCCAGACAGUCAUGCAAGCUAUCUGUACAACAGGACUCUGUGGUCUGGAGUUUGUCUGGAGCCCAGAGGAGUGGUUCUGUGGAAUCUGGUUCUGUUCAGUGUGAUGGGGGGGGCCAGCGGACUGCAGACGGUCCUCUGUGGAGCCAACAUCCUCAACACUCUGCUGGGACUCAUCCUGGGACAGGGUCUCUGCCACAACAAGGUGAGCCCAGUUUCAGUUUGACAGGCCAUCAUGGAUCUUGAAUCACCGGCUGAGAAUUUCUUCAUGAUGUAAAGUUAUGAAAACUUUUAUUUUGGCGAGAUCCUGUUAUUAUUUUCAGGUCCAAGCUGUUAAAAAGGA